UCCCGUGACCUGGCCAUGGGGGCACGUCGUGGUGUGACCCGGAAGCACAUCCGGCGGUUGAACUGACCAGUGCACUGUACACGUGUAGCCUGCGGGGUCUUGAUUUUCCCGAUUUUCUGGGCGGCUCAGUAUUAUAACGGACGAACAGCCGCUUUUGGAAUAAGAAGAAGUGUUUUUGGUCCACCAGAUCAUUGAUUUACCUGUCUGUCUAACCAGUAUGAGUUGCUACGUCAUAAAACCCAAGGGUUCCUCCCAGCGCCUACCUUACCUCCCCAUACUGAUGUCUCUCCCGAGUGGCAGACAGGUCUCUCUGGACCACUACAGAGAACAGGACGAACAACAAGUAUUCUCCAUCUUCAAGAAGAUCGUUGAAGACGGCCAAAGCUAUCCUCAAGAAAAAGUGGAGUCUCUUCAAGACUUCCGGGACUACUACCUCUCUCACGACGUCUUCGUUGCUAGGGACGCGACCGAGACAGAAGAAGUUCUUGGAGCGUUCUACGUCAAGCCCAACUUCCCUGGCAGGUCUUCUCAUAUAUGUAAUGCUGGCUUCAUAGUCAAGGAGUCAGAAAGGGGACAGGGUUUGGGGAAAAGGAUGGCGCAAUAUUUCCUGUACAUUGCGAGGGAUCUAGGGUACAAGGCAUCUUUCUUUAACUUGGUUUACGUUAAUAAUGAGGCUUCUCUGAGGACCUGGCGUGGUCUUGGGUUUAAGGAGAUAGGUGUGGUGCCUAAUGCUGGGUAUAUAAAGGGGCUGGGCUACACGGAUGCUGUGCAGUUUUAUUACGACUUCUCAACACUAACUGGCUCUGUUGAACAGAUAUAGUACUAGUUAAGCAUCUGUUUUUAAAUAAGUGGGCAGAUAUGGUAAAACUUCUGUUUUUAAGUCAGCAGAUACUGUUAAGUGUCUGUUUUUAAAUGAAUGAGCCAACAUGGUAAAGCAUGAUGACUAUGACAUAAGUUUUAUUUGCCUUCAUAGACAUUUGAACCUGAGCUAGUCAGGUGGAUCUGAAUCUGUAUUGAGUACAGACAAACACGCACAAACAGAUAUUUACAGACCUUUUUAUUGAUGAAUUAAUACUCAAUGAA